CGCCCUGUACCCGGAGCGGCGGCGCCCCUCAUCUCGGGCCCCUCAGCGCGGUCGCCCACAUCCCCGACCCGGGGCCGGGUCUGCGCCAACCCGGCCCAGAUAGGCCCCGGGGUGACGAAAACUCUCCCUGGACCCAUACCUGUGUCUGUGGGACCCAAGGAAGCCACUGGCCCCCUCCCUUCCGAGACCUAAGGACGCAGUUCUCAGGGUCUCCCUCUCCCGACCCCCAGGCUCCCUGGAGACCCAGAUAACGCGCUGCUAACCUUACCCGGGACCCGGGUCUGGGGGACGCAGAUAAGCUGCACCUGCUCCCUCCCUUCGACACGCCUACCCAGACCCACAUAACCCCCUUUCCUGCUCCAGAUAGCCCGCUCUGUACCCUGUUUCAUUUUCCAGACUUACCUAACCCCUUUUGAGGCUUCCCUUAAAUAUCUGGGUUGGAGAACUCGGAUAAGCCUCAUCGCAGUUCCCUCCUCAGUGACCAUACUCCCAAGCUUUCGACAUCUUCCAUCCCGUUACCCAUUUUGAGACCCUCUUGAAAUUCAGAGGAUUCACUUCUGACUAUCUCCAACCCACACAGCCCUCCAGCCCUUAGAAUCCCCCAUCUCAUUCUUGUGGGUUUCCCUUAGAGACCCAGGAAACUUGCUCAUGAUUCCUUCCCAUCCUCAUUCUUCCUUCCCAUCCCGGAGACUCCCUCCAGACUUCUCCGUGAAUUUCCCUUGCUUCUUCAGCCCUCAUCCACUCCCAUCUCUCCCAGGUCCCGGGAAAUUGAAACUUUCCGACACCACAGUGGGGUGGUCCAAAAUCUGGCCUGGGACCCAGGCUGUGGCCCACCUUGGUGGGGAGAAAGGGCCCUGUUAGGUGCAGGAUACGGGGACAGCUGUGCAGGGGAAUCGGUGCUUUCACCUGCAAGCAUAGCCUGUCUCCUGGCUUGUGUGUUUUUCCACCUGUCAGCCUGGGACUGUUGUUAGUCUGGCCUUGGGUUUCUAAUCUUUCCCUCCUAAGGUGAGGGGCGGGGAUGUCGAAUCAGGUUUUCUCCCCAUGAAAAUGGGGUUGUGGUGAGUUGCAGCCAUUUGUUCAAGGCCUCCCCAGGAGUGGGAGGCAGCAGGAAUCCGAGGAAAUAGUGAAUCAAAGGGACUCCAAAGAGGGCCCAUCUACACUGACAGAAGAAUUAGCAGCCUGAGAGUAAAUCCAACCCCUGUUAAUCCUGUUUGAUGUUUCUUGGAAUGAUGCAAGUCAUUGAGACUCUCCAGCCUCCCUGUAAUUUAAUUCUCCCACCACUCUGGAGUGGGCGACGUGGGGGAGGGGGUGCAACAGCAUUCCCAUUUCCCCUUUUCUCACUGUUUUCCAGCCAACCAGUGUGUCUUUAGGAUUUGUUUCUGAUUCUCAGACCAGGAUCUGGUUUUUUUUCUUUCUUUCCUCUAAGUCUAUUUAUAAUUUCCCAGUUGCUAUUUUGGGUUCUGCUUAAGGGAAGAUUCUACCCCAAGGAACGUUCCGGGUCUAUUUCCUCCGGCAGGUGUUGAAUUGAGUUCUUCAGAUCCCCAAGUAACUCUUGGGCAGGAGGAUAAAAGCUAUUUUAGGGUAGUCACUGAAGUGGAGCUGUUAAUCCUCUGUGGGUCUCUUUAGUUAAGAACACUCAAAGAUUAACCCUUUCCUUGUUGCAGGGGUGUUAUCUCUCAACAGUUUUUUAGUGGGGAGUUAGGAGAAUUUGAGUGUGGCAGCAGAAGGUGGGAACUUGAAACUCAAUACAAAAACAAAGAUGAUAGUUCUCUUUUGUUGGGUGCUUCUAGCAGGCCAAGCCCUGUGCUGAGCCCUUUGCAUACCUCACUAAAAUAAUCCUUACAGCAAGCCUGUGAGGUAAGUAUUUUUAGCUUUACAGAUGAGGAAACAGGCUAACAAUGGAGAAAGAACGCAGUUUCUAUAGAGAUGAUGUAACACCAUAAAACUAUAGUUUCAUCAGAGGGCAGCAGGCAUCAUAGCACAUAACAGGGGAUGGACAGAGUGGGGAGAAAUAUGUCUCAGUUUCAGGUUCCAAAGAGGACUGUACAGAGUUUUUAGCAAGCAUUCCUGUUUGGGAUAUGGAGCCCUAAUAAUAGAAAAGGGUAUAGGAAGGUGGCUGUCAGCACAAGAGAGAACUCUGGCCCAGGAGAUGGUGCCUGGAGGGCGGUAAAGUAAGAGGCUCUUUAAAGGGGAAUGUGCCGAGGGUUAGUUUUGAGGGAAAGGGGGAAGACUGCAUUCUGUGGGAGAUGUUGGAAAAGGAAGGAAACUCACUCUGAGGCCUGAGAAGUAACAUUAAAGAGGAAAAAAAGAAGUACUACUCAGUCCAUCUGUGGACAAAGAGACAGACACAGCUUAGACCUCAGAGAAGGCACUGCAUGUAUUUGGCACACAUUUUAUGUCAGCCACUUUCAAGAGUAUUAUUUCACUUAAUGUUCUAUACGAAUCUUACAGGUAAGGAAAAUAAAUCCCUAUUUUAGAAAGUGAAGAAACUGAGGUUCAGAGAAAUAAAGUAACCUGCCUGUGGUUUCCCAGUCAGUAAGUGGCAGCUUUUCUGAUAGCAAGUCCAAUGUUCCUUCCAUGCCAACUCCCCUUUCAGAUCAGGUACUAGAAAGAAUCUUAGGCUGAAAAUAUACUGAGUGAUACCAGUAACUGGGAAGGAUUGUGUUUGUUUUAUGGAAACAGGUUCUGUCAGCUUCUCUGUAGUCAUUAAGGUUAAAAUGUGAGACCAGAAGAGCAGCUUUGGAAGAGAAGUAGAAUUCUUUCACAGUUUUGCUGAGGAAGGACAAGUCUGAAGGAACAGGCCUUCUGAUUAUGUGAGACAAACCCAGGAAUCUUUCUGGAUUAGAGGAGUUUGCAGUCAAAGGGUGGAGAGAGAGACAGAGAGACAGACAGACAAGAUCCCCAAAAGAGUUCCUAGGUAACACUAGCAGCUUUGGUUAUCCAAGAGGCUGCGGGUGACUGUAGGUAGGGACUUGCCUGUGCCUUUUGAAAAGUAUAGGAGAGCAGGAUUGGGGUGUUGGCUCUUUUCUUUGUGAAGACAUAGCCCCAUUAAAAGCAGAUCAAGGCAAGCACAUGGCUGCUACUUUCCUCCUUUGGUUCUAUCAGUACAAGCUCCUUAGCCACCACCAGCCUCUUUCCUAGAAGCCCAUUACUCACCCUUUCAGUAGUAGCCUACUAAACUACUGUGUCUUGUUUGUGCUUGUUCAGGAGAACAGAUGAGGUAGACGUGUGGGAGGUGGGGACGUAAUGUUCUCUUUCUGAGUUUGUGUGGAGUUUCCAGGGCUAGGCUCCUCUCUCACAUCAGCCAAACUGAUGUGACUUGUUUCCUUCUGGCUGCUAUUCCCAACUUUCAGAGGCUGAGGUGCAUGAUUUCUAAAUGAAUGGGGAGCAGAAUUUGACUUUGAAGGUAGGGUAAUUCCUUCCAAUCUAAACAUGCACACUGAGCACACUCUCUACUCAAUUCCAAGGUGCAUAGUAAUCGCUGGCAUUAUAAACAGGUAAUUCCACCCUUGCAAAGGAGGAGGAGACUUAAACAAUGAAAGCCCAAGGUCACAGGCCUUUGAGGUUUAUAGUGAAGCAGGCACAUAUGCCAUAAUGAGUCGAAGGCUUAAGUGGGACUGGUUUUUAGUGCUACCUGCCUCUCCCCAGCAUGUGAUUUAUGCAAAAUGCAGCCACCUUUAUACAGAUCUUUCUAGACAAAUCUCCACUCGUGAUGGGGACAUGUUUAUCAUAUUACAUCACAGUGUUUCUUCAACAAGAGGAAUGGUUCCUGAACAGGACGUAGCUCAUGUUAAUGAUGAGCAAAGCUCUCUGGGGCAUGAACCCGCUGAUCCCAUCAUCUUGUUCACGGCCAGUCUGUUGGAUGAAUGGUCGCUGUAAGCAGCAGGUGCUAAUGAGCUGAGUAAGCAUUCUGUGGCCCACAGCUAGUUUGUGCAGUUGGAGCCCUCCCCAGAUUCUCAUGGAUAAUCCCCAGACACCCCCUUUUCUCUCUUCACAUGGAAAAGCCUCAUGAUCAAAUUUUGGCCUGAUCUUGUCAAAGGGAAUCCCCCGUUAUAGCAGGUUGCAAUGUGGUUGGUAAUCUGUGGUAAGCUUGGGAGUAUGAAUGUGGGUCUCUUGGCCCCUUUUGAGAGUCAGUGCGGUAACUCCCAUCCUCUUCCUCUGGAUUGGUAUCCGGAAAGGAGCUGUGUCAUCUUUGCACAUCCCCCCUUCUAUUCAACAAGAGAAAGAAUCAGACUUCAAGAUUUUGGCUCCCCAGUUGGGAAUAGCUGCGAACCCAGUUUAGACCAAAACUACCUGUGCGUAGGUUAGUCCCUGAAAAUCAACCUGCAUUCAGUGACUAGUUUACCUAUCUGAAAGAAAGUUGAGAUUCCUUUUCUAGAUAUUAGGUAUAUAGAGAUGAAAGAGAUAUGAUUUGAGCCCUCGAAGAAUCAGGCUGUUGGAGAGGCCUAAAUUCUAAUGCCAGAACGUUACCUGCUUCUAAUGGAGAUGUGCAUAUAUACUCUGAGGGUCUGUAGGAGGGGCUCCUCAGCACCUGGGGGUGUUGGACAGGCUUUGCGAAAGAGGGAUGAUCUGGGCCCUGAGACACAGAGACCCAGAGAAGUGGUAGAGGUUAGGAUGAGACCAGUCCUGGUUUAAGGAAAAUACUAAGAAUCUGCUGUUGCCUUCUCAGACAGACCCUCCUGAUGUUGAUGCACUGCUAAGAAACACAACUGGUACCAGGGCUGACCAUCAGGGAUGUAAAUUUCCUAAGUAGAGGCUUCCCUUUCCUUCUCUCUUGCCUUUUGGGCAUUUUAUUGCUCCUUAGCACCUCCAUGAGGAGGAGAAUGUGGAAAGUAGUGGACGAGGAGGUGCCAGGGUAAUGAGAUGGAGGAACCACUAUCUCUAGGUUUGAUGGAAAGGAUAUAAAAGUGAGGUCCAGAAGAGAAAGUUUGAAGUUUUGGGGCUUUUGGUUCCUCAGUUUAUCUUGUUUCUUAUUAGCCUAGAUGGUACUGGUAAUAGUAGCUACUACUCAGCACUUAAUGGAUGCCCAGCCUUCUGCUGAAUGCUUUAUAUUAAUGAGCUCAUUUAAUCCUUAAAACAUGUUUACAAUUUAGGAGAUUAUUAUGCCCACUUUAUAAAUGAGGAAACAGUUCAGGGAAGUAAGUAAUUGGCUGAAAGUCACACAGCUUCUAAGUGGAAGGGCUGGGAUUGGAAUGGGAUCUGUCUGCCUCCAGAGCCCAUGUUCUCAUGGUAUUGGGCUCCCUAACACCAGGUGUUCUGAUGUUUCAGGUGAAGAGAUUGUUUUCUGAAAGCUGCGUUCGAGGCUGUGACAGAGCUGAAAGCCCGUGUGGAGCGGAUGGGGAGGCUUUCUGAAUAACAUGGCCCUUUGCCAUUAGCCUUGCCAUGACCACAUUUUUCACCAGCGUCCCCCCCUGGAUUCAAGAUGCAAAGCAGCAGGAGGAAGUGGGCUGGAAACUAGUUCCCAGGCCUCGGGGCCGGGAGGCGGAGAGUCAAGUGAAGUGCCAAUGUGAAAUUUCGGGGACACCUUUCUCAAAUGGGGAGAAGCUGAGGCCUCACAGCCUCCCCCAACCAGAGCAGAGACCAUAUAGCUGCCCUCAGCUGCACUGUGGCAAGGCUUUUGCCUCCAAAUACAAGCUGUAUAGGCACAUGGCCACCCACUCAGCCCAGAAACCCCACCAGUGUAUGUACUGUGAUAAGAUGUUUCACCGCAAGGACCAUCUGCGGAAUCAUCUGCAGACCCAUGACCCUAACAAGGAGGCCCUCCACUGCUCUGAGUGUGGUAAGAAUUACAAUACAAAGCUGGGCUACCGGCGCCACCUGGCCAUGCAUGCUGCCAGCAGCGGUGACCUCAGCUGCAAGGUGUGCCUGCAGACCUUUGAGAGUACCCAGGCCCUGCUAGAGCACCUGAAGGCCCACUCACGCCGGGUAGCAGGUGGUGCCAAGGAGAAGAAGCACCCCUGUGACCACUGUGACCGGCGGUUCUAUACUCGUAAGGAUGUACGGCGGCACCUAGUGGUGCACACAGGCCGUAAGGAUUUCCUGUGCCAGUACUGUGCCCAGCGGUUUGGCCGUAAGGACCACCUGACGCGUCAUGUCAAGAAGAGCCACUCGCAGGAGCUGCUCAAGAUCAAGACAGAGCCAGUGGACAUGUUAGGCCUACUCAGCUGCAGCUCCACAGUCAAUGUGAAGGAAGAGCUGAGCCCUGUGCUGUGCAUGGCCUCUCGGGACGUAAUGGGGACCAAGGCCUUCCCUGGCAUGUUGCCCAUGGGCAUGUAUGGUGCCCACAUCCCUACGAUGCCCAGCACAGGUGUGCCACACUCCCUGGUGCACAACACACUGCCCAUGGGUAUGAGCUACCCUCUGGAAUCCUCACCUAUCUCUUCCCCAGCUCAGCUCCCUCCAAAAUACCAGCUUGGAUCUACCUCAUACUUGCCCGACAAAUUGCCCAAAGUGGAGGUGGAUAGUUUUCUGGCGGAGCUUCCUGGAAGCCUGUCUCUCUCAUCCGCUGAACCCCAGCCCACCUCACCUCAGCCGGCGGCAGCUGCAGCCCUCCUAGAUGAAGCACUGCUUGCCAAGAGCCCCGCCAACCUCUCUGAGGCCCUCUGCGCUGCUAAUGUGGACUUCUCCCACCUACUGGGCUUUCUUCCACUCAACCUGCCCCCGUGUAACCCGCCUGGGGCCACAGGAGGCCUGGUCAUGGGCUACUCCCAGGCCGAGGCACAGCCCCUGCUCACCACUUUGCAAGCUCAGCCUCAAGAUUCCCCAGGAGCUGGGGGACCACUGAACUUUGGGCCCCUGCACUCCUUGCCUCCGGUCUUCACAUCUGGCCUGAGUAGCACCACCCUGCCUCGUUUCCACCAAGCAUUCCAGUAGCCCCCACAGAGGCCCUCAGCUCAGUUUUUGGCUCUGUUAGGGAGCCUUAGUACCCACCCCGUCCGUGUCCCCCAUGAAGGCAGCUGAGCUUUCAGAGCUGGGUUAAAAAAAAAUUCCAGUGUCUGUAUGGAGCACUUGGUUUGGGGGUUCAGGCUCCAGGAUCAAUUCCAGAAGGAGCCUUGAGCCCCAACCCUGUGAAAAGAUCUCAUACCAUAGGACUUCAGGUAUUUUUGCUUUUAUUUUUUUGACCUGAAUCGGGAGCCACAUUUAGCCUUGUCCCUCUCCAAAGCGCCAGAACCUCCUCGAGAAUGGGAAGGCCUCUUGGAGACACAGAGGGUUUCACCUUGGACGACCUCAAGAGAAAUUGCCCAAGAAGCCCGCCUUCUGGUUCCAACCUGCAGACCCCACAGCAGUCAGUUGGUCAGGCCCUGCUCUAGAAGGUCACUUGGCUCCAUCGCCUGCUUCCAACCAAUGGGCAGGAGAGAGGGCCUUUAUUUCCUGCCCACCUACGCCUACUGUACCAGCGCCUCUGUUUCCAGUCAGUGUUGUCCAGCAACGGUACCGUUUACACAGUCCCCUCAGACACCAUUUCACCUCCCUUGCCAAGCUGUUAGCCUUAGGAUGAUUGCAGUGAACACUGUUUACACACCGUGAAUCCAUUCCCAUCAGUCCAUUCCAGUUGGCACCAGCCUGAACCAUUUGGUACCUGGUGUUAACUGGAGUCCUGUUUACAAGGCGGAGUCGGGUCUUGCUGACUUCUCUUCACUUGAGGUCACAUUUUUCCCCCGUGGGGAAAUAAACUGACUUUGGACUGCUUCAGUCACUGCCAUCUUCCAUGACUGCAUCUGUUCCUGCCCUCCUCGGCAGUGUCCACAGAAGACAGGCAAGAAGAUUGGAGCAGUUUUCUCACAGGUCUGCAGUUCUGUUUUUCUCCAAGUACAUUAUGACCCCCUCAUCCUCCUCUUGAACUGGAGAGGGGAAGAAAUGAAAGGCAUACCCACAUCUGUCACCUCCCCAACCCGUAGUCCCCACCUUGAACAUCAUGAGCUGUUAUCAAUCUUGGAAGCAGAGACUCUGGGUUGGUGUGAAUAGCAAAGGAGGAGGUCUGAGCCCCUCAUUUGUCUUCCUCCCACCUGUCCCUUUUCCAGGAAGUUGUGGAAUUGUUGGAAGAAGAGUUUGCAGAAAGUUAGGAAUGGGCACAUAGUUAAGUCCUAAUCUAUGGGUACAUUGUUAUGUCCUAAACCAAAAUUUUCCUUAUCCACAAUGUCCCGUCUGUCCCUUCCACUUUGCAGUGGACUCAGCCACUGUGCAUAGGCUUCUUUGCUUUCUGUCCAAAAACUUCCACUUUCUUCUUGUGCUACCAUCCCCAUCUCCAGUUUUGCCCCUAGUAUCCAGCAAGGUUUCUUGCAACAAAUGAUUAGUUCUUCUCUUCUGACUUGUGGGGCUUCCUGCUGUAGAGAGCACAGCCCUUGCCCAGAGCCCAGGAACCCCAUCCUUGCUUCAUCUCCGUUCUUCAUGGGCUUCACUCUUCCCACUCAUGGAAGGAAGGCAGCUCAGGGACCUCCACUGUGGGACCCUUGAGACAUCUCCACUCUGAUUCAGAAACACACUUCUACCUCUUUACUGUUAACUCUUGACAGAUGCAGUCAGCAGUUUCUGGGCACUUCUCUCAGGAGGUGCCUGAUGCUGACUUCUCCACUAGGGUUUCAGGACAAACUACCAAGGAACUGCCUCAGCCUCCUCCCAGUCCUCCCUCACCCGCCUUCUGUCUAGGCUCACUUGGUUUGUCAUCAGGAACUGAGCAGGUCCAGGACUCAGGCUUCUGCUUCAGCCCAGGCCAGUACUCCUUGUUUGAGGUGAAAGCCUUAAAAUUUAGCUCCCUAGCCCUUGAUUGGAAGCAAUUUGGAGUAAGUGUGUUUCGAUAUAGGCAGGGUAGCUUGGGAUACCUUUAAAUAAAAAAACCAGAUAUUAAAAUGUCUGGUAAGGUUAGAAUCAGACUAGAUGAUUUGCUUCUAAAAAUUAGUUUCAGUGAGUCCCAGGGACUAAUUAAGGUUUAUUUUAAAAAGCGUCUACCUUGGUACGCAGCCACCUCCUGCAUGCUGUGCAUGUUAUUGGGACUCGUAUUAUAGGCAAUAGGAUGUGAGAAUCCAGUUGGGACUCGCUCUUGCCAUUCUCCUUGUUGUAUCCGGUCUUCAGCACUAGACCCAGCAACCCUUCUCCCCUUAACUGCCACCUUCCCUACACCCUCAGUUUACAGAGGCCAUUGGGCCUCUGCUGCAGAAUACAAAGUCCUGGGCUGUUAGAGGAGUCCUGUCCUCUCUGCCUCCCUCGAAUUCUCUCUCCCCGUAAGUGAUGCUGGGAAAGUCAUGGGACUGGCAAAGCAACUGUUUCACCCCCACCUCUUGUCUUUUCUCCUUGCUUUCCCCACUUUGGUGUCUUCCCGUCUAUCCUGUCUUUCCUUUCCUCCUCCCUCAGUGUCCUCACCACCCGCAAGGAAUUUUCCCAUCACUGUGAACUUUGCUGGUACAGAGGAAUAAUAUCUGCCUUCACCUUUUUUUUUUGGACCAUAGCUAGCCAGCCAUUUCUUAAACCUCUCUUCCUAAAAUCAGGGUGGGGCGGGGGGAGAAGAGGGGAAAAAAAAAAAAAAAAAAAAGCCUUAAUGGCCUGGUUCAAAGGAUAAGAAUAGCUUUAUCCUACACUCAGUACCCAAACUCACUUCAGUAUGCUUACUGAGGCCAUGAGAACCUGAGGGGUGUCUGCCCAGGACAGGAGCCAUGGCAUGUGGCAAAGACCAGUGAGGGACCAGGAAAAAAAGGGGUGAUGUCCCCUUUCUCUGCCACCUCCAGCCUCUGUCGGCAAUGAGCUGUCCCCCUCCCACCCUACACAGUAGCUGGUCAGGGCUGAGUCCAGUCCUGGGAGUAAGGGAAUGGCAUGCCCAGAUGUCAGCUCAAAGGAUCCCUGCAUCAUCUUAAAGAGGUGGGAGGCAGGGAAAGGAGCACCAAUGAGGUUCCCCCCCCAACCUUUUACAAUGGCAUUUUCUUAAUUGAAAUCCGGGAAGCAGGUGUGAUUACUUUUUUGCUCAUAGAUAUUGUCCUAAGUUGGAAUUCUCCCACUGCCCUAAAACUUUCCCUAGUAGUCCUUUAAAUUCCCCCCUCCCUUUUUGGUAGCUGUUUUCUCCAUCCUCUCUCCACCUCUCCUCUUAUCUAGGAGCUAUUUGUAAGCACGAUUUUUUUUAACAGGUUAUAUUGUACAGGAUCAAUAUUUUGCUUUUUAACAAGGAUAUUUAUGUAAUAAGAAACUUUGCCUUAGGCAGGUGUUGGCCAGAAAAAUCCAGAUUCCUCUGGGACCCCACCCUGGCCUCUCCUGGAGCUCUGAACCUGCUGUGGAAGGAAUUGGCCGUGACCUUUGCCUCUGGAGAGUAGGGUCUAUGGCGAGGGAAAAGGGUGUUCUCUAUAAUAAUCUAGUGCCUCCAUGGAGGGGUUUGGAAAAAUUCCAGUUCAAUUUCUUUGUGUGUCAGCUAACUUCCUUAGCUGAUUCUUCCCACUCACACCUCUCCACCUCUGCAUAUUUGGCACUAGAACUCCUAAAACACCACUUCUUAUGCUUCUCCCUCCCUACCAGUGGUCAAGGCUUUGGAGCCACUCUUUUGUAACUCCAGAUUAUUUAAAGAGAGAAAAAUACAAGACAAAAAUCUUCUAGCACUUUGUAAACACAGUGAAUAACCUCUUGGAGUAUUUUUGGCUUUAUAUAAAACAAGGUUUUUAAUUGUAAAGUAUAAGUGCCAUUAGAAAAUGCACAGGGCAUAUCUUUGUUAAAGUAGAUUUUUCAAUGUUUUACAGAAUUACAUUUUCAAAAAAAAAAAAGGUUUUUAUAAUGAAGUUGUUUAUUAAAAACUUCUGAAUGAUG